CAUUAGUUAGCACGAUUCACUGUAAUUUUAUCUAUAUCGGCGUCAAUGUGUUCGUUGUACAUAUGAACAUAAUAUCAGUUAACACAAGUUAUACAUUAAAUUAUAUUCGGUUAUGAUCAGUCUGUGUUUGGUUUUAGUAACGGUCAGUUCAUCAAAACAGACACCGGCCUCAAUUCCAAUCGAUUCCUUCGUCAGUUAAUCGCAACCAUAAUCGUUGUCUGUUUACCGAUGCACUAGUUUCCAUAAGUUUGUUCUAGUUUUUUUUUCUCGGAUGUUAUGAAAGCCCCAUCCACAUCGAACUGACGAAGGUGCCCGUAAUUUAACGCGAAACAAAAAAAAAGUUAUCGAAAUCAUUGUACAAUCACCAAAGCACACAAUUAUCAUUAUAAGAAUAACACAAGAGAGUAGUGUUUAUUUAAUUUGCCAAUAUUGUUGUCCAAAAUUGUCACCACACAAUAUUCGCUCCUUUUUCGGGGUGGCUCAAUGAAAGAGAUUCAGUAGUGAUAUUAAUCAGGUGUUGAACUUGUGAUGUCGAUCAUGAUGUUGAAUACAAUUCAAAUUGCAGCUGGAUAAAGAAUGUUGCAUUUGAUGAAAAUGUAAUUAAAUAUGUGCUGUUAAAAUGAAUCUUUUGAUUUAUCUAAGUUUUAAAAAGUGAUGCAAAAAACCACAUCAAAUUCACCUAAUUCAAUUUAUUUUGCUCCGUGGACAUUUGGAUUGGAUAAAUAAUUUUUCGAACUGGAUUCCGUUGAAAAUCAAGAGGGUGGAGCCAUGUAUAUCUCGUGUGGUGAUGAUGCUGUUGCUGUGGAGGCUGAGAUGGGAUAUGUUCCUAACAAUCCUCUUUUCGGUCUUCCACUUGAUAGUCCUCAGGAAUGCUUACCAAGUUGCGGUGGCUGCAUUAGUUGCCAAGGAAAUUCUACCAUUUCAAUACAAUCAUUGCGCGGGUCCGAAUUGGAUUGUGAAAAUUGUCUUGAUAGCACAGACAUCCUAAGUGGAGUACAAUCAAAUUCUCAGACAAAUUAUUGGAGCCCGGACGAUAUGAAUUCCUUUUCGACACUACCGCCACUUGACAUCGAUCCAUUGCCGAGUCUAUUUUCAUUUUCGCAAUGCGGAGGUGCACCAUACAAAUACGAGCCCGAACGGCCAACACAUGAUAUGGCUGACGUUUUAUUAUCACUUAAACAUGCUGUGCAAAAAUCAAGUCCGGACCCACAACAAAUGCAAACACAAGCUCAAAACUACAACCAUCCGACACAAGCUUCACUUUCGUACACGGUGCAUCCGCAAAUUUUGGUAUCCCCAGGACAAUCUCAGACGCAGCCAAACAAUUGCCAAUCCAUGAACUACUAUGACAAUCAGUGCAAUAGUCAACAUCAACAUGUAUCUGCACCGCCGAUGUAUCCAAGCAUGAGCGUGAACGUAAGCAUGAAUAUGACGAUGCACGGAUAUGGAUCGGACAGUGUGCCCAUGCAAUGUUCGCAGUGGACGCAGCAACCAUCAGCUUCAUCGGUUAAUGUUCUAUAUCCACCGGCGUUGUUGAGCCCUGGUCAUUAUCCGAGUGGAGCAACAUACUCGUUUACGGCCGAUUUUCGGCCACCAAUUCAAAGUCAGCAGCAAAUGAACUCAAUGAUUGAUUCAAGCAAAAUGUCACCGUCGUCACAACAACGACCAUUUUACUCAAACAAUAGCUUAACUUAUUCACCACCUCGAAGUCCAUCGUCACUUCCCAGUAGCCAAACAAUAUUACGAAAUGCCAAAAAUUCGUUGGGCCUCAAUUUUGAAGAUGAAGACAGCAAUGAUUGUAUUCAAUCCGAAUCAAAGCCAAAUUUGUGCCGACUAUGUGGAAAAACUUAUGCUCGACCGAGCACCCUGAAAACUCAUCUUCGUACGCACUCAGGCGAACGUCCAUAUCGUUGCCCUGAUUGCAAUAAAAGCUUCUCACAAGCAGCCAAUUUAACAGCACACGUGCGCACACAUACGGGCCAGAAGCCAUUUCGGUGUCCCAUUUGCGAUCGCAGAUUUUCUCAAAGUUCAAGUGUAACAACGCACAUGCGCACCCAUUCGGGAGAAAGACCCUAUCGAUGUAGGGCUUGCAAAAAAGCUUUCUCCGACAGUUCGACGCUGACAAAGCAUCUUCGUAUACACAGUGGCGAGAAACCAUACCAGUGCAAAUUGUGUUUAUUACGCUUUUCUCAAUCAGGUAAUUUGAAUCGUCAUAUGAGAGUGCACGGAACUAAUGGUAACAAUAUGAUAACAUGACACCGGCAAGUAUCGCGGUCUUCAAACUAUGAGGUGACUUAUUCACAACAGUAUCAUUCGGCUGUUUAUUCAUCGGCCUCGUCCAUUUCGUGCGCCGAAGAGUUACAACGAUUACACAAGAAAGCAGCCAUUCACUGUACAAAAAUUACGACGUAAAUUUCAUUAAAUUGUAUACGUUUAGAAUUGUAAGCCAUUAUUUUUGGUGCAAUACAUUGACUUCAUUACCCUGUUGGACGAAUGCGACGAAUCCAGAAUGCAAAGUGGACGCUCUCCGAAUGGACAACAGUAUUUUAUAUCUAAUUUCAUGAUUGCUAAAUUAAGACUUCGCUUCUAUUCUCGAUGUAUGCGUGUGUGUGUCUCUUUUUCGGAUAAAUUAUGUACAUGUUAUAGAUGUAUACUAUUUAAUCGACAACCAAAUAGGCUGCUUACACAAAUCGACGAAAGGGGAAUAAACAUCGACUGCAAAAUUGACAUUUUCUGGAUAUCAACAUUUUUAUUGGACAACGUGAUGUUUGCGCUCGAACCGUGUCGAAUAGUUUUCCAUAGAUGUACACGUACAGGCUAAUGCAACGAAAGGAAAAGCCAAUUUGAUGUGCGCCAUCAUUGGCUUUCAUACAUUUUUGCUAGUAAGCACUGAUUUGUAAUAUUCCGUUCAAUUAUAUAAUAUUGUGUAUGACUGUUCAAUUGCAAAAAUAAAAAUAAAAUGUGUUAGGCUAAUGGAACUUGGGUGGGGAGAGAAAAACCUAUAUAUCCUAAGUAAGUAAUAUUUGGGUGAUCUAGUCGUUUGUUUGUCAGUAAUACAGCAAAGUAUUUAGAUUGUAAAUUUGCCAAUCAAAUUCGUAUAUAAUUAUUAUGGAAAGACAUUUGGAUUAUUUAUUCGUAAUUUAACACAAAAUCAAUUCCAAUCUUAAGUGUAAUCCACUAGAUAACGCACUAGAUUUUAAGGAUUCCCAAAGAUACGCAGGUUUUUAUUUAAUUUUCCAAAAAAUGGUGAGGCGCUUGGGCCAAAUGAAAAUAAACAAAAAAGCAUUUCAGUUCAUA